CGGCGAAGACCGCCUCCGCGCAUGCGCUGGAAGACGACCGACCCGACCCGUGCUGGGUCUGUGCUCCCACACCCAACCAGUAGAGUAGCGCGCAGUGUAGCACGGGCUCAGUCAUUAGUGCGCGCUCCCGGCUCCCCCCACCCUGCAACUUUUGCGGGAUUUCAUUUAUCCCGAGGCGAGGGCGAGGGCGAGGCCGGCGCGCGUGGGAGCGGGCUGGAUUUGCGCGUCCUGUACCGCGCGCCCCAUGUGACGGGUCGCUCGCCUCUCCUCUCCCAUACCAUCCCAUCCCGCAAAGCAGCAGCAACGCGCCGAGCUGGGGCGGGGUCCCGGCCAAACACUAAAAAGGCGAGGAGGCAGCAGCCGCGGCACAGGUGGAAAGGGAGGGCGAGUGCGCGCUCCCCGACCGGACUAGGCCAGCGCCAGCGCGAGUGGCCGAUGCCGCAGAGGGCGCCCGGGAUCUGACUGCGGCUGAGGAUGUCGGCGUCGCGGGGCGCGGCGAGCAGGAGGCGGCCCGGGAGCGUGGCGCUCGGGGACCUGCUGCGGCGGGAGGCGUCAGCGGAGCGGUCCGCGGCGGCGGGGGGCGAGCGGCCAAGGGUCGCGGCGGGGCAGGCCGGGCGGGCCAAGAAGGGCGAGGACUUCGCGCUCCUCAAGCCCGGCUGCGAGCGCCAGCCCGGUGCGCCGUCCACCUCCUUCUCCGCCUUCGCCCUGUUCGACGGACACAACGGGAGUGCCGCUGCGGUCUACGCCAAGGAGAACCUCCUCACCAAUGUGCUCAGCUGCGUCCCUGCCGAUCUGAGCAGGGACGAGUGGGUCGCCGCGCUCCCGAGGGCGCUCGUCGCCGGCUUCGUCAAGACCGACAAGGAUUUCCAAACAAGAGCGCACUCGUCGGGGACAACAGUGACCCUUGUCAUAAUUGAUGGGUCCAUUGUAACCGUUGCAUCAGUUGGCGAUUCACGUUGCGUUCUUGAAGCUGAGGGUUCCAUAUACUAUUUGUCGGCUGACCACCGUUUUGAUGCUAGCGAAGAGGAGGUUGGACGUGUAACGGAAUGUGGAGGUGAAGUUGGAAGGCUAAAUGUUGUCGGUGGAGCUGAGAUUGGCCCCCUUAGGUGUUGGCCUGGUGGUUUAUGCCUAUCAAGAUCGAUCGGUGAUCAGGACGUAGGUGAAUUUAUCAUUCCUGUUCCUCAUGUGAAGCAGAUGAAGCUGUCUAGUGCUGGAGGUCGGCUUAUUAUUUCAAGUGAUGGUGUUUGGGAUGCUUUGACUGCGGAAAUGGCUUUUAGUUGUGCACGAGGGCUUCCUCCAGAGGCUGCAGCGGAUCAAAUUGUCAAAGAAGCCGUGGAAUCAAAAGGAUUGAGAGAUGAUACAACUUGUAUUGUAAUUGACAUAAUACCACCAGAAAAACCAAAAUGCGCUAUAGAAUCUCCAGGAAUGCCAGGAAAAGGCCUUGUCCUUCUAAAAAAUUUCCUUUUCAGGAAAAUGACAUCUGACCCAUUAUCUCUUCCCGAUAAAGAAAAUUGCUCUGAGCCAAGUUUGGUGGAGGAAAUAUUUGAGGACGGAUGCCCGUCCCUUUCAAGGAGGCUAGAUUCUGAAUAUCCAGUCCGGAAUAUGUUCAAACUCUUUGCAUGUGCAAUUUGUCAAAUUGAGUUAGAGUCUGGUCAGGGGAUAUCCAUACACAAGGUUGUGUCAAAGCCAGGAAAGCUGCGCCCCUGGGACGGUCCUUUCCUUUGUCACAGUUGCCAGGAGAAGAAAGAGGCAAUGGAGGGAAAGCGUCAUUCACGAGAUUCCUCGUCAAGAAAUAGCGGGUCAAGUGAUUAGUGACCAAGGCCAAGAGUUAUCAUGAGGCAAUCACCUAACAAUGUGCUAAUGCAUUUGUGGCAUUCUUGAACUUCUUGGUUACAUGGAUUCUCAUGGAAGGGAUUCGGAUCCAUAGCAUGGAAUUAGGUCAGCUGUUGGGAGAGUUAUACAGUACUGAAGUGUAGGAAGCAAUUCGCACAACCAACAUCUUCAGUGGGGUUCUGGCAGUUGCGUAUACAGGCCAGGAGCUUGCUAGUAAAAGAGUGUCCACAACCUCCAGUGAGCAUGUAAAUUCUUCAUCGUAUAGAGGUAUGAGAUCAUGUAAUUCGUCUGGGCAGACCUUAAAUUAAAGGUCAAGGUAGCCCGUUCUCUUGUAGAAUCUUGCCCUAUUUCUCAUGAUCCAACUCUGUAAUUAACAUCUUAAGGUGAUUUUUGCAAACCGCUAUGAUUCCUGGGCAAGGCAGAUUUUGACAAGCGUACAAUGCAAAUGAGCAAGGUGCUUGG